AUGGUUGCCCCAAUUGCCAAUCCGCCCACCAUGUCGGAUGUAGCGAGAAAGCCUACAUCGCGGAUAUUGCGUACAACGGAUGACGAUAGGCCAUUCACCAGGGACUUCAAAGACCUCUUCUCAACUCUCAUGGUCAGCCUUGAACUCAGCGCUCGUCGAGUGCGGUUUACCAAAGUAGACUUUACCUUCACCGUGGAAGAAGCAUUGAACAAUCUCAGCUCUCUUCGAUUCACGCAAUCUGCUCGCAUGCCUGAUCCUAAUGACCCCUCUCGCAUCAUCACCACAACAUCGACAACCACAUUCACAAUGGCAAAGGAAAUGGCACGCUCCAUAUUCCAGAACUUCAUACAAGCACGAUUCCUGGAACCACUCAACGCCACCUUCUCCGGUCUCAGCAAAGGAACAGUAUGUACAAUGACGGCAAAGGGAAUUGCUGUGCUGCAUCGGUUCUGCAACCGAAACGGCAUCACAGCACCGCAUGUGAUGCGACUGUUGCAAUCACUACGUAACAAGAUGACUCUUCUCAUUCUCGAACGUGAUCCGACAACCGACAAACUGGUGGUUGACCAGUCCACCAUUGAAGUCAUAUUCCGUCGCUUUGCAGGUGUUCAGGCACCCGGUGCGAUUGGUGGCUCGCCAGCCUGGGAGGAUCUCACCGAUUACCCGAAUGGUCUUGUAGGCGUUGAGGGAAUGCAAGAUAUCCGGGUGAAUGGCAGGAAAUAUCAAUAUGCAUUUACAGGCAAGUCAGCCAUCAACUGGCUGAUGGACUGCUGUACCACCAUCGACGAGCGCGAGACAUACAGCGUUUGUGAGCAAUUCAUUGAACAUGGCUUGAUCACUGCCAUUGUCGAGGAUAAGUCCUACAUCGCAGAAAAAGAUCAGGCCGCGCUCAACUUUCAACCGACCCGGCAAGCCAUCUAUGCACUCACACCACGAGCAAUGAAAGUGUGCGGCUGGGUAGUAUCCGACAGACUAUCUGAUGAGAGCAUAAACACGAAGAGGGAAAGCAAGUCGAAUUCGACGACAACUCCCGCUUCCACCGGUGACGUUUCAAAUAAGUCACGGUUGCAGUAUAUACUCAACGAUCCCUCGCUACGUCUCCUAUUCCGCGAGUAUCUUGCUGCGUCUUUCUGUGAGGAGAAUCUAGCUUUUUACCAAGAUGUGACGGAAUAUGUCGACAACUACAGGAAUUCUAAAAUGUCGGAUGAACUAAAGGAUUAUCACAAGUUGCAGGAUUAUAUUGCUGGCGUAUUUGGUCUAUAUAACUCAUUCCUCGCACCGGGAUCUCCCUGUGAGCUUAACAUCGAUCAUGCUCUCCGUAAUCGCAUUUCCUCAGAAAUGACCGGACUCAGCGGAGACGAGAAAACAGUGGCUCGUAAUCUCGAUGAAGUCGUCAAUCUCUGUCAACUUGCCCAAGUGACUAUUUUCAAGCUCAUGGCUAGUGACUCGGUUCCCAAAUUCUGCCGUCAUCCCAGGUAUGCGAUCAUUCUUCAGGAACAUGAUUUUGAAUCUAUUUCUGGGAACGCCAGCCGUCCUGCAUCUCCAGUCAGUGUGCCGGUGAGGUCAGCAGACCGAUAG